UUUCUAACUAAACAUUUAUACUACUAUUAUUUGUGGCCAACAAUAUCGAUGUCCAGUCAAAAAUCAGGUCAAUUAAGUAGACGGCUAAUGAUGUCUACUACCAGCACCGGUACCACCACCACCACUACCAUCACCAAUGAUACAGUAGCUAAACAGCCAACAGUAUUGCUAAGCAAACGUAUGGGUGUAUCAAUUAUACGGCUAAACCGGCCGCACAAAUACAAUGCAUGGACACAACAAAUGUACGAUACAGUAGCCAAUGGACUGACCGAUGCGGCCACCGAUGAGUCCAUUAAGUUGGCCCUAAUUACGGGAACCGGUAGUUUCUAUUCGGCGGGCAAUGAUUUAAAAAACUAUGAAAAAGCAUUCAAACAGUUUGACGGCGAUAUGAAUCGUGCGGCCGACGAACAAACCGAAAGGUUUCGGCAAUUUGUGGCCGCAUUUAUCGAUUUCCCGAAACCACUAAUUGCUGCCGUAAACGGACCGGCUAUUGGUGUGGCGGCCACUACACUAGCACUGGUCGACUGUGCAGUCGCCUCAGAUUCGGCCUAUUUUUCGACACCGUUUUCAUCGCUGGGACUGUCGGCCGAAGGUUGCUCGACCUAUACAUUCCCGCAGAUUAUGGGCCAAUCAAUGGCCGCACAAAUGCUAUAUUUUAAUCAUAAGAUGUCGGCCACUGAGGCCCUGCAGUCGGGACUUGUGUCGCGAGUCAUACCUAGCGCUCAGUUCGAUGAGUAUAUCGAGAACUGGAUAUUCGCCGAUCGGACCGGUAUUGUCAACACAUGUUAUCCGCAGUCGAUGCGUGCGUCCAAACAGUUGGUCCGAUCGGCGGCCAUACGCCAAGUGUUACAUGAGGUCAACCGAUCCGAGUGUUUGAUACUUAAACAACGUUCUGUUUCCGAUGAAUGUCUUGAAGCCAUACAAAAGUUUUUCAUUAAAAACAAACUUUAA